AUGGUAGAAGAAGGUAAGAAUGACAAUAACUUGAUGCAUUUGGUGCGUUUCGACCAUGGCUCCAUAAGAAAGUUUUUAAUUUUCAUUGAUACCUUUUCAACUGCAACUGGUGAGUACCGAGCUUCGAAACUAACUGAUAUGAUUUUACUACCUUCAGUGAUAAACGAGGCUAUAACCAUAUCACUUUGUAUUAGGGACAAACGUUUGCUGGUAAAAUAUUAUAAAGGAACUAAAACACUAACAUAUCCAGCUCAUCUUACAUCUGGCACCUUUAUCAGAAAACAAGUGCUGAGAUUCAGGUGUGGUAGAUCUGUAGAAACGGCUCCUAUCCCAGGGCGACCCCAGUCUGCCUUUGAUGAAGACGCCAUCCAUCAAACGGAGAUGCCACUUUGUUUGAUCGCCGUAGUACCGUUCGUCACUCAGCCCAAGAUAUCAAGACUAGCGUUGGAUCGGCAGUCCCCUACCAUCGCCACCAGUAUCGUCCACGGGUCUUUAGCAGCGAGGAAUCCACCAAGGCGUUCCUCGGGCGAAAAUCAUGAGAGGCUUCACGCUGAUAGUGCUCGCGCUGGUGGCCCUGGCUGCCGUCGCGCAUGCGCAGAAGAUAAACCUCAAAAAACAGAAAAAGAUGAGAAAUCACUGCAAAAAGUAUCAGGUAGAAAAGCUGCUGAAGAUACAGACAAAAGGAAAAACAAAAAAGAUGAGAAAUCACUGCAAAAAGUAUCAGGUAGACAAGCUGCUGAAGAUACAGACAAAAGGAAAAACAAAUGCAGAGAUAGGAAGAGAUGCAGAAAACUGGCAGGAGUUUGUCAGUCCAAGAAAACGGCUUGCGUCGGCGGAAAGAAGAUGAAAGGCAAGAAGUUCUGUAAUAAGAAUAAGUGCCGCUGCUGCGUUCCUAGAUCAUCAAUGUGCAAAGAAAAGAAAUGGUGCAAAAAUAGGGGCGGAAAAUGCCAGUUCAAGUGGGACACUUGCGACGGAAACACAAGAGCUAAGGGAUGCCGAGGAAGCAGCGUCUGCGUCUGUUGUAUCCCCAACACAUCACCAACUCCUGCUCCCACCCCUGCACCUACUCCGGCUCCCACUCCCGCACCUACUCAAGCUCCCACUCCCGCACCUACUCCUGCACCUACUCCUGCACCAACUGGUCCCACUCCAGCACCAACUCCUGCACCAACUGGUCCCACUCCCGCGCCUACUCCUGCACCAACUGGUCCCACUCCCGCACCUACUCCUGCACCAACUGGUCCCACUCCAGCACCAACUCCUGCACCAACUGGUCCCACUCCCGCACCUACUCCUGCACCAACUGGUCCCACUCCUGCACCUACUCCUGCACCAACUGGUCCCACUCCCGCACCUACUCCUGCACCAACUGGUCCCACUCCUGCACCUACUCCUGCACCAACUGGUCCCACUCCCGCACCUACUCCUGCACCAACUGGUCCCACUCCUGCACACCUACUCCUGCACCAACUGGUCCCACUCCGCGCCUACUCCUGCACCAACUGGUCCAACUCCUGCACCUACUCCUGCACCAACUGGUCCCACUCCCGCACCUACUCCUGCACCAACUGGUCCCACUCCAGCACCAACUCCUGCACCAACUGGUCCCACUCCCGCGCCUACUCCUGCACCAACUGGUCCACUCCCGCACCUACUCCUGCACCAACUGGUCCCACUCCCGCGCCUACUCCUGCACCAACUGGUCCCACUCCUGCACCUACUCCUGCACCAACUGGUCCCACUCCCGCGCCUACUCCUGCACCAACUGGUCCCACUCCUGCGCCUACUCCUGCACCAACUGGUCCCACUCCUGCACCUACUCCUGCACCAACUGGUCCCACUCCCGCACCUACUCCUGCACCAACUGGUCCCACUCCCGCGCCUACUCCCGCACCAACUGACCCAACUGCAGGUCCCACUGAUGGCCCAACUGCAGGUCCCACUGGUGGCCCAACUGCAGGUCCCACUGAUGGCCCAACUGCAGGUCCCACUGAUGGCCCAACUGCAACCCCCACUGCUGGCCCAACUGCAACCCCCACUGCUGGCCCAACUGCAACCUCCACUGCUGGCCCAACUGCAACCCCCACUGAUGGCCCAACUGCAACCUCUACUGCUGGCCCAACUGCAACCUCUACUGAUGGCCCAACUGCAACCUCUACUGAUGGCCCAACUGCAACCUCUACUGCUGGCCCAACUGCAACCUCUACUGCUGGCCCAACUGCAACCUCUACUGCUGGCCCAACUGCAACCUCUACUGCUGGCCCAACUGCAACCUCUACUGCUGGCCCAACUGCAACCUCUACUGCUGGCCCAACUGCAACCUCCACUGCUGGCCCAACUGCAACCUCUACUGCUGGCCCAACCGCAACCUCCACUGCUGGCCCAACUGCAACCUCAACUGCUGGCCCAACUGCAACCUCUACUGCUGGCCCAACUGCAACCUCCACUGCUGGCUCAACUGCAUCCUCCACUCAGUGA